AAGUAGUAGAGCCAAUAAUGGUGUGAGCUUGUCGAGGUAAAAAUGGCGAAAACCAAAGUGGAGAAGAAGAGUCAAGAUCAACAACUCCUCGUACCUGAAGAUGAUACUGCUUCAUCAACUCGGAGGAGCCUCGCCGGAAACAGACAAAGACUUGCUUCACUCGACAUUUUCCGUGGCCUCACCGUAGCCUUGAUGAUUCUCGUUGAUGACGUCGGAGGAGAGUGGCCAGUGAUUGCUCACGCUCCAUGGGAAGGUUGCAAUUUGGCUGAUUUCGUAAUGCCUUUCUUUUUGUUCAUCGUCGGCGUCUCCAUUGCUCUGUCCUUAAAGAGGAUUUCGCACAAAUUUGAAGCUUGUAAGAAGGUUGGUUUUAGGACUUGCAAGCUUCUCUUCUGGGGUCUUCUAUUGCAAGGUGGUUUCUCUCAUGCUCCUGAUGGAUUAAGCUAUGGUGUUGAUGUGACUAUGAUGAGGUUUUGUGGGAUUCUUCAGAGAAUAGCUUUAUCUUACUUGGUAAUAGCAUUGGUUGAAAUCUUCACAAAGGACUUACAUGAGGAGAAUAUGUCAUCUGGGACUGGGAGGUUCUCAAUAUUCAAGUCAUAUUAUUGGCAUUGGAUUGUUGGUGCAUCAGUUCUCGUGAUUUAUCUGGCUACAAUCUAUGGAACUUACGUUCCUGACUGGGAGUUUGUUGUCAAUGAUAAAAAUAGCGUUCUCUAUGGGAAAAUCCAAUCUGUAUCAUGUGGUGUGAGAGGAAAGCUAAACCCUCCCUGCAAUGCUGUUGGAUAUGUUGACAGACAAGUUUUAGGGAUUAAUCAUAUGUAUCAACGUCCUGCGUGGAAACGAUCCAAGGCUUGCACCAAUGAUUCUCCUUAUGGUGGAUCUUUACGCCAAGAUGCACCGUCAUGGUGCCGUGCUCCGUUUGAGCCUGAAGGAAUCUUAAGCUCCAUAUCUGCUAUUCUUUCUACAAUCAUCGGAGUCCAUUUUGGACAUAUCAUCUUACACUUGAAGGGGCAUUCAGCUCGGUUGAAACAUUGGAUCUCCACCGGUCUUGUUCUCCUCACUCUCGGGCUUACUCUGCAUUUCACCCACUUGAUGCCUUUGAACAAACAACUCUACAGUUUCAGCUACAUAUGCGUGACCUCUGGUGCAGCGGCGCUCGUCUUCUCUUCCUUGUAUUCACUGGUCGAUAUAUUAGAGUGGGGACUCAUGUUUCUGCCUCUAAAAUGGAUAGGCAUGAACGCAAUGCUUGUCUACGUGAUGGGAGCUGAAGGCAUGUUGGCUGCUUUCUUCAAUGGUUGGUACUAUCGCCACCCGCACAGUACACUGAUAAAUUGGAUACGGGAGCACGUGUUUAUCCGAGUUUGGCAUUCAAGAAGAGUUGGUGUGCUUAUGUAUGUCCUUAUCGCGGAGAUUCUCUUCUGGGGUUUGGUCACUGGUGUUUUCCACAGAUUCAAGAUCUAUUGGAAACUCUAAAUCAGACACGGUGAAAAAUACCCAUUCUACAGUAUACUGAAGUUGUAAGAGCUAGGAUAUACAGUAUAUAGCUCAAAUUUCAUGAUAAGUGAUGUAAUCAAAUUCAUGAUACGUUUUGUUUGAAUAAAAAUUAUACAUAUCCGAAUGAUCCGCAUCCUUAUUA